AACGUUGUAACGUAGACGAUGUUGUAACACCGUCGUUGAUCUGAAACCGUUCUCUACAUCGCUGUAAACUGUUAUCGAGCAAACAUCGUUAAAGCCUCUGUGUUUUCGCUUCUAAUUACUCGUUGCCCUGAUUAGUGUUAUGACCUGGCGUGCCUGUGAAAGGAAAACGUCGACCAAACUCGUUCGGUUACGUCUAUGGCUUUACGAGAAUUUCUAGUUCUAUAUUUCGAUUGAUUUUCCACCCGGAAAGUACAAUUUACUAUCCCGUUGAUUUCCGAACUUUACCGAUAUAUAGACAGAAUGAUCAGAUUAUGUGAAAUUAUUUUCAUAAAUUGAAUAUAAAGUUUGUAAAAUCGACUUUGAUAAUCGAUUAGAACGUUAUGUCAACAAACGGAGGAAAUUAAUCGGAUUAAAUAUAACCAAAGAAAAUCUUAAAUAUUGAAAGAUAUGAUCGAACCUAUCGAAAUCAUUUUUCCAAGAUGUCGCAAGGUUGUCCAUCCGUUUCUCAUCAGCUUGCCGCGGCAUCGAUCGCCUUCCGUCGUGCUCGUAAAAAAUUUCCAAAGGAUUACGGCGUAAGAUCUAAGGACACCAAAGUAAUAAUGCCGAUACGAGGAAGUUUGAUUUAAAAGCGGUAACAAGUAAUGUACCAAUGAAAUUUUUCUUUUUCUUUUUUUUUUGUUUUAUCAUAGACCGAAGUAGAAUGGACCAAGAAAAAUAAGAACGAUCAACCUGCGAGCUCUUCGUCCGCGAAAUGUAUGACUAACAACGAUAAAUCACAGUGUUUUUGUUCGUCAUCCGUGUACAGCGACGAUGGUCCACGUUAUUUGUCUGCAAAACAAAGUUUAUCGAUUAAACAAAGCAAAUGUACGUGUUGUCGACAUAACAAGGAAUAUUUCGAAGAUUCCACAAGAUGGUCGAACGAUCAAAGUGCCGUUGGAGAUGUUCUAGAUAAAGUGUCAACUCGCGAACGUUUUAUCGAUGUUGAAUCAAGGAAAUCGGUAGAUCGAUACAAGUGAGAGCCUUACGAUCUCGUUCGAGACCAAUUUAACGCGAAUUAUUAUCAUUCGAAUUUUUCUACAAAAGUCACGACCUGGAAAGAGAUACGAAGAAUAAUUUUACACAUCUCGCGAGAAGAAAAUGUACAUGCUGUCCAGUGUCUAUCAAAAAAUGCGUAGAAAAUGAUUCAUCCAAGUUAGAUUCCGUUGAUCUUUUAUACGUUGCAUCCCACGAGAAACAUUGUUGCGUUAAUUCCAUGGACAAUCAUGAGCGUCUCGUUGAAGACGGAACGCUUGACCAUUUCUCACGAAGGAACCGGGACGAUCAGGAGCUUCGUCGAUCUUGCUCGAAAUUAGAUAGGUCGACGACAAGGAAAGAAGAAAUCUCACCUUUGCUCUGUACGUGUGACCCUCGCUCCCCACGAGACAUUAACCUCGAUCUCUUGCAAUCGCCCGAAGACCAUCGGCCUCGUUUCUGUCAUCGUUGUCCUGCCUGUCCUCGUCGCUCCUAUCGACAACGAUGCUACUUUUGUCAGCAGAAAAGCGAAAGGAUUUCUAAUUUUCUCCCGGUCGGUUGCACGUGCCUCUCUAUUCUGGGUAAUCGUCGUGGCUGUUCGUCGAAGGAUCACGAGAGGAUACGAACUUAUGGGAAGAAGGAGGAAGAGGAAGAGGAGGAUGAGAAUGUAGGAGUUAUCGAUCACAAAGAUUCGAUAUCCAUUCUCAUGGAAAAGUAUAAGUCGAGAAAUGCGCAGGACGGGCCGACUCAGGAAGGACAGAAAAGGAAGAAUCGAUCGAAGGGAAACGAAAGAAUCGGCAAUCGUUACGAGAAGUCGCCGACUUCGAGAAUUCUCGCUCGCGAAAACAGAAAGGAUUCGAUGGAGGGCUUGGAAAAUUCUAAGAGUUGCGAUCGCUGUAGAUGCCAAGAGAAUCGUCUGAGAUGGAAGGAACAGGAGGAAAGGGAGCAAGAGGAGAAGACGCUGCUGUUCGAUGAUGGCCGUAAUCGGAUUCGUGGCGAAGGCGAUUUCUAUCGAAGGAAGAAGCCUGCCCGAUCGAAAUUCGGAGUACCCUGGAGACAUACCUUUUGACAACCGUAUCCUCUAUCCUCUAUCAGUUUACUUUUCUAUACACAUACUUUUUAUAAGGUUUUUUAUCCGCAAAUUUUAUAAACGUCUAACAUUUUUAUCUACCUUGUUCGCUAUGUAUAUUGUAUCUGAUUUAUUUUAACGCUUUGUUAUAUAUAGAAUUUAUUACGAAUGUGUAGAGUUGAUAAAGAUGUAUUAAACAUUUUUAUUACGUAUAAAUU